GCACGACGAUAUGCCAAGCAGCGAAGUCCCCGGCGAAGUGGCCUGGACCAGGACCACGCAGGUUAAUUUCUGCUCCGACGUGUGGAGGGACUUCGACUACAACGCCUCGGACUCCGCCACCGGCGGAGCGGCCACGGCGACCUGCAAGAUUUGCGGCACGCCGAUGUGUGCCGGCAGCAAAAACGGAACCUCUCACCUUCGGCGGCACCAAGGGGGCAAGAGAUGCAUGGCCCGGGCUGCAGCGAGGCGGCUGGCCGCGCCUGAUGCUGCCGCAGAACCUUCCCCAGGUGACCACGACUAUUCCAUGGUCACCGCCGAUGAGGAGGAGCAGCAGGAUGAGGAGGAGGGAUUCAUGUUCGUGGACGGCAUGAAUAUCGUUGAGGUCUACGAUGAACUCAUGGCCAUGGGUCUCGUGGACAUCGAUCAAGGCAGCGCGGUGGUCGCCGCGCCAGAUGCGCAUUUCCCUGCUAACUACAUGCCUGUGUCUCAAGCAGCGAAUUCUUCAACUGGGUGGUUCCUCGAAAAACAAAGGAGAAAGGCAGAAAGCCAGAAAAGACUCGUACUGGAUAAGUUCAGCCAGGAUGUGCCUUUACAGUGACACCCCACCUUCAGAGAAAAGAGGAUGUUUAAUGCCAAUACGGCUCCGUACCAGGGACUGCCACAGGGGAAGUCAACAAGUACAUUACCUGUAUAAAAUUUCUCUACGAUGUGAAGUUUUUUCACAUCUUACUAAAUGCGCCACAUCUAUUUUUCUGUUUAUUAAUUUGCUUUGUUUCAUGAAAUACAUAAACAUGUACGCUUCAUGAUUUGAUGGGAACUCUGUGAGAUUGUUA